UGUAAUAAUUCCGUAACGUGAUCGCACGUAAAAGCGACUGUCCGAGCAGCUGACGAUCCACAAAGCAAAGAUGGGCAAGUUGGGAGUUUCCGUUGUCCUCUUCCUGGCUUUCACCGUUUACGGUGGAGCGAACGCUGACAGUGUUCCUGUUUUCGUCUGGGGUAAACCCUCUGUUACGUAUGUUCCAGCCCUCAGCCGGUACACGAGCUCCGAAUUUGCAGCGCUGGUUGAUGCUCAAAUAGACGAGAAAACCUUCACGAUCGUGUUUGCCGAAGAUCGCCUCUCCGCGGAAGAUCUCAGCCAGUGCAGGCUGAAGACGCAGACGUGCUUUAAAAACUUGCAGCAACUGGAACGCAAGUCGUACCUGCCCAGUGUCGAGGAACCGCUCAGCGCGCUGGAAGGCUCAAACGCCCAGAGUGUCCAGCUGCUGUCUGAUGGAUCGCUCAGCGAGAAGAUUGUGCCGCAGGCGGGAGGAGUCGUGGUCGUAAACCUCUCAAACGGUGACUUUGCGUCACAUGAUGCGCUCAUCGAUGCCCUGUACAACCGUCUGCGCAACGAGUACCCCAACAUCGUGGCGAUCUACACCGGCAAAACACCGUCGUUCAGCUAUUCCCGCUUGGUUCGCAAGACGCGUCAAACCGAGGAACCGGAACCCACGCCGGAUAUACUGAAAAAUGAGGUCUUCCUGAUGACGUACGAGAAGUUCCAGUACGGUCCCGCGGACGCGGCACCUGAACAGCUGACUUCCGCUAAGCUAACCGAUGCGGUGAAGGUCGAUAACACCACCCUCGAUGCCCAGGGACCUUCGAUGCAGAUCAGCCUGACUGGUGCCGGAGCAAAGGUGGAUCUGUUCUUCCUGCACACCCAGGGCUCGUGGGAAAUCAAGGGCGUGUGGUUUAACAAUCAGGAGUACUACCUGCGCCAUCGGGUGCACGUGAACCAGCACUUCUCAUACCGGUGCAAUUCGUGGGAAUACUACUCGCUCGAUCUGGCCAAUAAGAUCGUCUUCGAAGAGGUGCAGCUUCAGCCGUUCUUCCCAGGCGUGUCGGAAACGACGGAAAAGUUUGGUGACGCGUGGUAUUGCGUCGGAUUUACCAGCGGUGGUAUCUUGUCCGGGUUGUUCCUGGUGCUAAUCUUCCUCAUCAUCGGCUCGUACGGUGUAAGCUGGAUGAUGGAUAUCCGCACGAUGGAUCGUUUCGAUGAUCCGAAGGGUAAAACGAUUACGGUGAGCACCACCGAAUAAGCGGAACGGAACCAUCCGGUUCAACCGUAGUAGUAGCGCCUUCGUGGUAAAGUGCUUUGUCAAUGACUCGAUUGUUGCAACAAAAAUUGUAUACACAUUCCGUUUAGAGCAU